UUAUAUUUUGAUUGUAAAACUCAAAAAUAUAAAAUUAAUUUUAUUAAUUAAUUAAUUAAUUUCUUUUCUUUGGCAAGUGACAGUGAUAAAAGCGGGAUAAUGCCCGACGAGGUGUCCAUCAUCAGGAAUUAAUGGACGACGCGGACUAUAUAUUACUAUAUCGGUUCUAAGGCCUCCGCGUCGUCCAUUAAUUCCUGAUGAUGGACACCUCGUCGGGCAUUAUCCCUUACGUAUAAUGAUCAGCAUGCUGACCACGCUGUGUGUGCGUCUCUUAUAAAUUCAGCUCUGAGUCUGAUCAGCUGUCAGAAAGCUGCUCAACACAUCACUGCUGCUCUCAGGUCAGUCCCUGUUUGUUUGUUUGUUUGUUUCCUCUGGCAGAUCAAUAUCAAAGCAACAGUACUCACACAUUCAUGUAUGUAUGGAUUGAAAGAGUUGUUGGAAUCUGAUUAUCUUUAGUUGCACACGCAGUAACUCCUAGUUACAAUAGUGCUUUAUUAUUAUUAUUGAUUUAUGACAGCCUAUACGUUACUCUUUGAUUAAUAAUCUCCAAGGUUUGGCAUUUUUAAAAAUGAUCCAAUUGGUAAAACAAAUCAGUUUGACUUGAAAAUAACUUUAAUUUCAGUUUGUUGGAUAAUAACAGACUGUAUUUGUUCCAUACCAAUAUAUUUAAUAAUGAAUUAAAUGUGAGAAACAGCCAUCAUAGUAGAAUGUCAACUUAUUUCUUCUCAAAACAUUAUUUGUGUAAUUAAUAUCAUCUGAAAAGUCUUACUUUAAAUUAGGAUCAAGGGCAAACAUGAAUCAAUAAAUAAAUCCACAAGAAGUCAUUCAGGGUUCAACACAUGCACGUGAUUCAUACUAGUCAGAGUUUGUGCAUGUGCAACGCCCCCUACUGGUCUAUGUGAACAUGUUUCAGGUCCUUAUAUGGACAUCCUGUGAGUUUUAUGAUGAUCUCUCCAAUGGUUGUUGGCUUAUGUCAGUUUAUGCUCUCAGCCACGCCCCCUCUAAAGCUCAUUAGUCAAUGUCUCAAGAACUAAAGAAGAUAUCAAUAAGCUUACUGCAACUAGCAAACUAAUCAGUUUCGUCCAACGUUGAUCCACAGAAGAGUUGUUAGCAGUCGGACCGACAAGAGGGUUUCUGUAGACCACACUGAGCUUUUUUCAGCUCAGUCGGACUUUGUGUGAGGGGGCUUGGCCCUUAAUUACAGCACUGCUAUUGGGCGCUUUACAUAUUACAAUAUGACGAGUUACAUGAUGAUAUCAAUACAUUGUAACGAAAGAAUAAAGAGCUGUGAGAUAAAGUGAGCCUCCGUCUGUAGGAUUCACUUAAAAACUAUGUAUGAGGUCCUUGGUUGAACAUACGAUUGUUGUUUGACAACAAACAAUCAGAUGAUUUAAGUUUGAUUGAUUGAUUGAUUGAUUAAUUACAGAGUCCAGUGUGAAUUAUUAAAGAUCUGGUCGGGACAUCAGUCAGUCACCAUGAGUCCUAAACACGUCGUCUUUAAGAAGGUCUCCAAAGACAAGUCGGUGGCGGUCUACAUGGCCAAGAGAGACUUUGUGGACCACUGUGACUUUGUCGAUCCAGUUGAUGGAGUUAUUGUGAUCGACCAGGGGCAGCUCAAAGGAAAGAAAGUCUAUGUGAUGCUGUCCUGUACCUUCCGGUAUGGCCGUCAGGACAUGGAUGUGAUGGGUGUGGCCUUCAGGAGGGACCUGUUCGUGGUGACCCGGCAGGUUUACCCCGAGCUGCAGGACAAAGAGAAGCUGACUCACACCAAGGUCCAGCAGAAACUGCUCCGCAAGCUGGGAGACAACGCUUUCCCCUUCUUCUUCGAGUUUCCAGACAACCUGCCGUGUUCUAUUGCUCUGCAGCCUGGGCCCUCUGAUGUAGGAAAGAAAUGUGCAGUGGAGUUUGAGGUUAAAGCUUUCUGUUGUGAAAAUCAGGACGAGAAGAUAAACAAACAGAGUUCAGUUCGUCUCACCAUUCGUAAGAUCCAGUUCAGUCCAGAGAACAGUAAACUGGUUCCAGUAGCAGAAACUACCUUCGAGUUCCUGAUGUCUGAAAAGCCUCUGCACCUCAAAUUGAGUCUGCCCAAAGAG